UGGCGAGUGUGGGGUGUGGACGUGGGACCUGUGCGCUCCUCCACGCUCGCUUACCUGGAAACACACUUUGUAGGAAUCUCUUUUAUGUAUCUGGCUAAGAUAUUACGUAUAAAAGGGAUUCACUCAGAGACCAUGUGAACAAAAACAGAUGCGACUUGACUUCUAACGAUCUUUAAAAGUGUAUCUUGUGUGAGACUUUGUUAUAAAAAAGACGGUGCCGCUAUGAGAGUGCUGGUUUGGGACAAUGAACGAGUGAGACAAAAACAACAACAAUAAAGUUAUUUGUUGUUUUUGUGAAUAUACUUUUAUAUAUAUAUAUAUCUCUAGUCAACUCCAAAAAAAAUCCUGCCAAGAUGGUGCUCUUAACGGAUAAUAACAAAGAGAACACUAGUAAAAUUCGGACUAGUAUACAUGUGAUGAAUGAGAAGAACAAAAACAACAACAACAAUAAUACCGAUGUCAACAAAAACAGAGGGUCGAAGGGGGUCGAUGGCGGCCUUUACCUCCCAACGCAGACUCGAGAUGACAGGAGUGAGGCUGCAGGAGAUUACAUGCUGGAGCUGCUGGACCGGAUGUCGAAGUACCGCUUGGACGACCAGCGAUGCUCCCUUCCUCACACCUUCAAUCAGCAUCCACAGCAGGGGAUGCGCGACGGGCCAGGCAAACCCCCGCCGGACAAGGAUGAGACUCCUGCCAAGACGUCCUCCAGACACCGCCUCGAGGAGGUCCUCGCGCAGGAGCCGCCAUAUCCUCAGGUGGUGCUUCCAGCCACGGGCGGCUACUGGGACGAGAGCAGCACCGACAUGGACCACCAGUACGCCAGCACCAACUCCAACAAUAAGUUCGAGACGGAUGAGACGGCGCGCUACUACAGAAGGUUCUUCAUGGGGAAUGAACACUGGACCUUCCUGGGCGAGGAUGAAGUCCACGGCCCCGUCGUGCUGAGCCACAAGACGGAGGUGAUCAGCUCGCAGGAGAACACCCGGGUCCUCCUGCGGCUCAAGACGGGCACGCACCACGCCAUCAUCAACCUGGGAGACAACCCGACGCCGGCGAAGAUGGCUAAGCGCCUGAAGGAGGAGCUGACGGUGGAGCGAUUCCAGCCGGUGGUAACGCCGCGCGGACCCGAGAUGAUCGUGGCCUACGACGAACACGUACUCGUCAACCACUUCAAGUUCGGCCUCAUCUACCAGCGCGCCGGCCAGACCACCGAGGAGCAGCUGUUCGGCAACAAGACGCACUCGGCCGCCUUCGAGGAGUUCCUUAGCCUCAUGGGACAGCGGGUCAAGCUGAGAGAUCACGAAGGAUUCAAGGGCGGCCUGGACACCCUUUACGGGCAGACGGGCGAAGAAAGUGUCUACGAAGUGUUCCGCGAGAAGGAGAUCAUGUUCCACGUGUCCACGCUCUUGCCAUACACGGAGAACGACCCUCAGCAGCUGCAGCGCAAGAGGCACAUUGGCAACGACAUCGUGGCCAUCGUCUUCCAGGAGGGCAACACCCCCUUCGCCCCCGACAUGAUCGCUUCGCACUUCCUCCACGCGUACAUUGUGGUUCAGCCGAUCGAUCCCUGCACGCCUAAUACCAGUUAUCGCGUGAGUGUGACAGCAAGGUCGGACGUACCUUUCUUCGGCCCCACAUUGCCUUCGUCGGGAGUGUUCGAGAAGGGACCCCAGUUCAAAGAGUUCAUCCUCACCAAGCUCAUCAAUGCCGAAUUGGCAUGCUACAAGGCCGAGAGAUUCGCUAAAUUGGAGCUGCGCACACGGUCCUCGCUGCUGAGUUCCCUCGUCGACGACCUACGUCGGAAGAGUAACGAGUUCCUGGGAAUCGCUGAAGUCCAGGAGCCCCCGAAGCUUGAGACGCCCGGCACAAGGUUUACCGAGAUCGUCAGGAAGGUCCUCCGAGGCCGCCCGCCAAACCAGGACCCUGCUGGCUUGGUCAAGAAGACGACGGCGACCAACAACUCCAACAACCUGGCGGGUGGAACACCUUCGAGUUCCCGCAGCAAAGGAAGCAAGGGCAGCGGAGGCAGCAGCGGCGCCCGGACGCCCACCUCGAGUCCAGACACGACGCCCAACACGCAGAUGGCGCUGUCGGAGAGUGAUGAUUCCUCCAUCAACUCGAUCGACAUCGACGGACAUUCCCAUCCUCUCAACGAGGAUUCGGACACGGGGCUAGAGUCCAUGUCCUCCGCCGAGACGCCCCACAAGCUGUCCUUGCACUGUCCCCUCUGCGGCGGCAACGAGGACGGCGU